AAACCUUAAAACUGUUAUACAGCAGAAAGUGAAUGCGAGCUUUAAAGUCCUGAAACCCCACCACCAUCAUCUUCAAGAUUCAACCAAAAAUACCAUCUUCAUUUUACCAUUUUACCCCUCUCCCCACUGUAAACCACCGCCGUACAUCCAGCUGGCCACCACUUCCGUACAUUACAAAUCUUACGCCUUCAAUCUUUACUGGGAUUAUUGUCGGGUUUCUUCAAGGGUUUUUGCAGAUUGCAUUCAAGGUUUCAAGUGGGUUCAUGUUUUGUAUGAGUGUGUGAAUUAGUGUGUGUUCAAUGGAUACCCAUGGAAGACUGAUUGCUGGUUCACACAACAGAAAUGAGUUUAUUCUAAUCAAUGCAGAUGAAGUUGGAAGGGUUACUUCUGUGAAAGAAUUAAGUGGCCAAAUAUGUCAAAUUUGCGGAGACGAAAUCGAAAUAACGACGGAUGGGGAGCCGUUUGUGGCUUGCAAUGAAUGUGCAUUGCCGGUUUGUAGAACUUGCUACGAGUAUGAAAGAAGGGAGGGUAAUCAAGCUUGCCCUCGGUGCAAAACAAGAUACAAAAGGAUCAAAGGGAGUCCAAGAGUUGAUGGUGAUGAAGAAGAAGAUGAGUUUGAUGAUUUGGUUAAUGAAUUUGAUCUCAGGAGAGACCCUCAUCAUAGUUUUUAUGAGCAUUCUUCGCGCCUGAAUUUUGCUACUCAUAAAUCCUGUAUUUCCGGUUUUGCCACUCCGUAUGAGGUGGAUGCAGCCGGUCCUAGCCACGACGUCCCCCUUCUUACUUAUGGUGAAGAGGAUGAUGACAGCCAUGCUUUAAUCAUCCCACCAUUCAUGGAUCCGUCGAAACGAGUCCAUCCUAUGCAGUGUUUUGAUACCAGUUCAUCAAUAUCUUUGCCCCCUAGGCCAAUGGACCCGAAGAAAGAUUUAGCGGUUUAUGGGUAUGGAACGGUUGCAUGGAAGUAUAGAAUGGAGGAAUGGAGGAGAAGACAGGCCGAUAAACUUGAGAUUAUUAAUCACCAGGGGAGUGGUGGAGAUCCAGAUGAUGCUGAUUUACCCAAGAUGGAUGAGGGGAGGCAACCACUGUCACGGAAGAUACCGAUUCCCUCAAGCAAGAUAAGUCCGUAUAGAAUGGUGAUAAUGUUGCGUAUGGUGAUACUUGGUCUCUUCUUUCAUUAUAGAAUACUUCAUCCCGUAAAUGAUGCAUUUGGUUUGUGGCUCACAUCAGUUAUCUGUGAGAUAUGGUUUGCCGUUUCGUGGGUCUUAGAUCAAUUCCCAAAAUGGUUUCCUAUCGAGCGUGAAACAUACUUGGAUCGUUUAUCAUUAAGAUAUGAGAAAGAUGGGAAGGCUUGUGAGCUAGCCCCUAUAGAUGUGUUUGUGAGCACAGUGGAUCCCUUAAAAGAACCACCACUCAUUACUGCAAACACGGUGCUAUCCAUCUUGGCCGUAGAUUAUCCCGUGGAUAAAGUUGCUUGUUAUGUCUCUGAUGAUGGUGCCGCCAUGCUUACAUUCGAAGCACUUUCAGAAACAUCCGAGUUUGCAAGGAAGUGGGUCCCAUUUUGCAAGAAGUUUAAUAUAGAGCCACGUGCUCCCGAGUGGUAUUUUGCUCAAAAGGUUGAUUAUCUUAAAGAUAAAGUACAUCCGGCGUUUGUCCGCGAACGCCGCGCUAUGAAGAGGGAUUAUGAGGAGUUUAAGAUACGGAUUAACGGGCUUGUGUCCAUGGCCCAAAAGGUUCCAGAGGACGGAUGGACAAUGCAAGAUGGUACUCCAUGGCCCGGAAACAAUGUUAGGGAUCAUCCUGGAAUGAUCCAAGUUUUUCUAGGAAAUAAUGGGGUUCAAGACGUCGAAGGAAACGAAUUACCGCGUCUUGUUUAUGUUUCUAGAGAGAAAAGGCCCGGAUUUGACCACCACAAGAAAGCCGGUGCCAUGAAUGCUUUGAUCCGAGUGUCGGCGGUUAUUACAAAUGCACCAUACAUGCUCAAUGUAGAUUGCGAUCACUAUAUAAACAAUAGUAAAGCUCUCAGGGAGGCUAUGUGCUUCAUGAUGGACCCUAUAUGUGGAAAGAAAAUUUGUUAUGUUCAAUUUCCCCAACGAUUUGAUGGGAUCGAUCGUCAUGAUAGAUACUCAAAUCGCAACGUUGUCUUCUUUGAUAUUAACAUGAAGGGACUGGAUGGAAUCCAAGGACCGAUAUAUGUUGGAACCGGAUGUGUUUUCAGGAGACAAGCAUUGUAUGGAUUCGACGCACCAACUAAAAAGAAACCGCCUGGAAAAACCUGCAACUGUUUGCCAAAAUGGUGUUUGUGUUGUUUCUCAUCAAGAAAUAAAAAGAAAAGCAAUGAGAACUCAAAGAAAAUAAUGAAAAAGAUGAAGAAAAUGAUGGAAUCUUCAACUCGAAUACACGCGUUGGAGAAUAUUGAAAAGGGAACUGAAGGAUCUGAUAGUGAAAAAUUGUCACUUGUGUCUCAAAUAAAGUCGGAAAAUUCAUCUAUCAUCAUGACUCAGAUAAAAUUUGAAAAGAAACUCGGGCAAUCUCCCGUGUUUGUCGCUUCAACAUUUUUAGAAGAAGGUGGUGUUUUGCCAGGAGCAUCAUCUGCAUCACUCUUGAAAGAAGCCAUUCAUGUCAUAAGUUGCGGUUAUGAAGAUAAAACCGAAUGGGGAAAAGAGGUUGGAUGGAUUUAUGGUUCCGUUACGGAGGAUAUCUUGACAGGGUUCAAGAUGCAUUGUCAUGGUUGGCGGUCGGUUUAUUGCAUUCCGAAGAGGCCUGCCUUCAAGGGUUCGGCUCCAAUUAAUCUUUCGGAUCGUCUUCACCAAGUUCUUAGGUGGGCCUUGGGGUCGGUUGAAAUCUUGUUAAGCAGGCAUUGUCCAAUUUGGUACGGUUAUGGGUGCGGUUUAAAGCCUUUGGAGAGACUGUCAUACAUAAAUUCUGUGGUUUAUCCGUUAACCUCCCUUCCAUUGGUUGCUUACUGCACACUUCCCGCCGUUUGUCUCCUUACCGGGAAAUUUAUCGUUCCUGAGAUAAGCAACUAUGCUAGCAUUAUAUUCAUGCUCAUGUUUCUAUCAAUUGCGGUCACAAGUAUUUUAGAAAUACAAUGGGGUGGUGUCGGGAUCGACGACUUUUGGAGAAACGAGCAAUUUUGGGUCAUAGGUGGUGUCUCGUCUCAUCUUUUCGCUCUAUUUCAAGGUCUACUAAAAGUGUUGGCUGGAGUGGACACAAAUUUCACGGUUACCUCUAAAGGAGGUGAUGACGGGGAAUUUUCGGAGCUCUAUGUUUUCAAAUGGACCACGCUUUUGGUCCCGCCAUUGACAUUACUAUUCUUAAACAUUGCGGGUGUGGUUGUUGGGAUCUCGGAUGCAAUUAGCAACGGGUACGAGUCGUGGGGCCCACUUUUCGGGAAACUAUUCUUUGCUAUAUGGGUGAUUCUUCAUCUGUAUCCUUUCCUCAAGGGUAUGAUGGGAAAACAAAAGAAUGUUCCGUCGAUAAUAGUUGUUUGGUCGAUCCUUUUAGCUUCGAUCCUCACGCUUUUGUGGGUGCGGGUCAACCCGUUUGUAAGUAAAGACGGGAUCGUGUUGGAAGUAUGUGGGUUGGACUGUGAUUAAGUAUGCAGGUAUGAAGUAGUAGUAUAGAAUGACAGGAAGAUGUUGGGUAGGGUUUGUAGAUAGAAAUAGGCAGGGCAGGAGUAAGUUUGUGGUAGAUUUGAGGCUUUGACUUUGAUUUUUAAUUUUGACUUUAAUGAUUUUGACUUUGGGGGUUGGACCUGUAACUCAAAUCAAUUGACAUCCAUUUGAAACAAUUGGAUUUUUGGUUAUGUUUUA